AUGCGAAUUCGACAAGGUGAAGAGCCCAGAAAUCCUGAGGUGAAGAUGCUCGAAAUAUGGUGGCCUGAAGGCGACGAGUCACAAUUGCCGGGCAAUAAUUUUCAGGCAAGCAGUACUGACCACAAUCCUCAGCUGCUAUUCAAUGACGUGUCGUCAUACGCGAUGACCGUGCUACCACUCAUUGUAAACGCCCCAGCGGACUAG